AUGAACAGCUUUGAGUCCAAAAGAUCACAAGACAACUUGAAAAGAAUAUGGCAAAACACCAGAUUCGUCUCUUCUUCUUCACACUUAAGCUUGUCGUCUAAUCCUAGGCGUUGUUUCCCUUGUCUCGAUGACGAUGAUCUUGUUUCAACGGUCGUCCCCCUCGUGACCGUGGUGCUCGAAGGACGCUCUAUCUGUCAGCGCAUCAGCCUCCACAAGCAUGGAAGCUACCAAAGCCUCGCCAAGGCUCUCAGGCAGAUGUUUGUGGACGAUGAUGGAGUCACCUCGGACAAUGAUCUUGAUCUUUCCAAUGCUGUUCCCGGUCACCUCGUUGCAUAUGAAGACAUGGAAAACGAUCUUCUUCUUGCAGGAGACCUUGAUUGGCAGAAUUUUGUACGCGUGGCUAAGAGAAUCCGGAUACUGCCGGCCAAGGGGAGCUCAAGGAAAGGAAGAGGAGGGGCAUAG